AUGUUUCUCGUCGAGCAGCAACAACCUUUCGACUUCUUAACAACCAAACAUACAUUUACAAAUCGAUGUCAAAUCGUUUUUCGAUUUAAAAGUUUUGCGGUUAAUGGAUUGAAUUGUGACAUUCGUUUGUGCUGCGUUGAGCAUGGAAAUAAACAUAUUUAUGCUGAAACUGAACAGUCUCCGAUCGACAAAGCCAACGCCACUCCUUUUCAUACAACUCAAGCAAAUAAUUUGUUUACUGAUCGCAAAAGUCUAUCUGCCCAUUGUCAUAUCGUGAGUUCACUCAGCACGCGUGGUAUGAACAACAACUUAUUAAUCAUGAAGGAUAGAUUAAAAUAUUAA